AUGUUGAAGACUACCAGCCGAAGAUUAAUCAGUUCUCAAGCUUCUAGAGCUCUCAGGAGGGCACCUGUUAACAAGACCCCAGCGCAAGUUCUGCAGCCUGUUGGUCAGACGCCAUACCCGUUGCCGACUUCCUCUCGGGGAGUUGAGAGACGUCGACUUGAUGAUAUGCACCAUGGCAUUGCAAGAUAUUUGAAACGACUUACCUAUGCACCUCUAGAAAACCCGACUCGGAUUUUAGAGCUUGGAUCUGGCACAGGAGCAUGGUCCGUUGAAGCCGCAGAAACGUUUCCUUCCGCUGAGGUCAUCGCUGCAGACAUGUCUCCGCUGCCAGAAACAUUGAAUAUGCCUCCGAAUCUGACAUUCAGGCAGAUGAAUUUCCUGGAUCCAUUUGCAUUUCAUCCUGCGUCAUUUGACGUUGUGCACAUGCGCUUCGUGAUGAUACAUCUGCCAAAUCCAGACGAUUAUAUUCAUCGUCUUGCAUCGCUACUCCGUCCUGGAGGAUGGCUCUUGCUCGAAGAUGUGAACCACACUCUUUUGGAUGCGAACAGACCUAUUGGACCCGGCGUCCAGGCGUUGUAUCGCGGUUACCGUGAAUACAUGCACGAGCAGGGCGUUGAUCCCGAAGUCGGAGCUCAGUUAAAGAAUAUGCUCGAAAGGUCCAAAGAGUUCAGCGAAGUCAACGAGAUCGUCAUUCCUUGUUACAUGAACCCGAGAAGCACCAAAGAUCCAGCUCUACAAGACCUCGGAGAAAUCUUAAAAUAUUCAAUAGACGGAGUUUAUGUUGGGAUCAUGGAAAAAGUUGGUCCUGCUGGUGGCAUCACGCCUGAAAUACUGAGGGGUUGGAGACGAGAAGUCAACGAUCCAGAGAGGGAUCUUCGAAUUGAUAUGCAUCUCACCUGGUCAAAGAAGCUGUAG